AUUAAUUUUAUUUUUUAAGAAAAAAAAAGAAGGAAUAGAUCAUGUCCAGAAGAAGGAUCAUCAAUGAUUCAGAAAGUGAAGAGGAAGGUUCAGUAAAACGUACAAAACUUGAUUGCAAUGAGACAUCACAAAGGAUGGACAAUAAUGAAUCUAAUGAUGAUCAAGAAUCUCCUGACACACAUUUUCUUGAAUCUGAUCACAUGAAUGAAGAAGAGGAUUUAGUACCACUUUUAGUUGAUGAAGAUGAUGGAUUUGUAGAGGGAUCGAUUGUUAAGAUUACGCUUGUCAAUUUUGUUACAUAUGAUUAUUGUGAGAUCUAUCCUGGGCCCCAAAUGAACAUGAUCAUUGGUCCAAAUGGUACUGGUAAAUCAACCAUUGUUUGUGCAAUUGCUUUAGGAUUAGGUGGUAAUCCUAAUUUACUGGGAAGAGCCAAGAAUAUUGCAGAAUUUGUAAAGACAGGUGAGGAUGAAGCAACGAUUUCCAUUGAAUUGAAACAAGUAAACGUUCGAAAUAUUAUCAUCCAACGAUCUUUUAGAAAAUCGAACAAUGCGACUACAUGGAGAGUUAAUGGUAUUUUAUUAAAUGUAUAUUGGAUACUUAAUUUAAUAGCCUAACAACAAGAUCUAUUGUGGCGUCUCUUUCUUUCGUAAAUAGGUAAACUUACUACGCAAAAAGAAGUAAUGGAUAUUAUCAGCAAAUUUAAUAUUCAAGUUGAUAAUUUAUGUCAAUUUUUACCCCAAGAUCGUG